CAGGGUAUAAUAAAAUUAUAUAGUUUAAUAAGUCAAAUGGCAUGUCGGCAGGCCAACCUGCAUAAUAAAAUUAUAUAGUUUAAUUUUAAAUUUAAUACACAUUACUAAUCUAAUUAAAGCAGGAGUCUAUGAGGAAGGGCAUUUUCAGUGUUUAUUGCAACUCGAUCAAGUGAGAAGAACUACUCCACCAAAAGCUACUAUGGCUGCAGCGACCAAGCUGGAGACAUGGGACGACUACCAGGUGUUCUUGAGCUUCAGGGGGCCCGACACUCGCCAGAGUUUCACCGAUUGCCUCUACAACUUCAUGAUCGAUGCUGGGAUUCGAGUCUUCAGAGACGACGAUGAGCUCUCCAUUGGUCAGCCGAUUGAUACGAUCCUGUCCGCCAUCGAGAACUCCAACAUAUGCAUGCCUGUCUUCUCUCCAACCUUUGCUUCCAGCGCGUGGUGCCUCCGGGAGGUCGCUAAAAUGGUUGAGCUCAAGAAGGAGGUCGUUCCAAUCUUCUUCGGUGUAACGCCUGAUGAUGUUAAGCUCCGGACUUCGGUGUAUGGAAAUUUUAUGGGGAAGCAUGAGUUAAAGUAUGGGAAAGACCAGGUGAAGCAGUGGGAGGAUGCUCUUAAAGAGGUUGCUAAGAUCAAGGGACGCGAAUUAAAAGAGAAAGGCUAUUAUGGAUUCAGUAAAGAGCUCACGAGAGAGGUUCUCAUUAAACUCAGGCCCAACAAGAAACAUGUGCCCAGCAAUUUAAUUGGAAUGGAUGACCAAGUCGAAACUGUGCUGAAGCUGUUGGAUACCAAGUCAAGUGGCAUCCGCCGUGUCGGGAUCUACGGGAUGGGUGGCAUUGGAAAGACAACUCUUGCUGAGAUUCUCUUCAACAAACUCUCAGUAACUUUCGAUUGCUGUGGCUUUCUUCCAGAUGUUCGAGAAUCCUUGAGACGCACUGGUUUAGAGCAUUUGCAAAAAGCUCUGCUUUGCAAGCUUGAACCGAGAUUAAAAGACACAGAUCACAUCGUUGACCCAGUCAAGAUGAUCAGGGAGACAUUUCGAAGAAGGAAGGUGUUAAUCGUUCUUGAUGAUGUUGACAAGAAGGAACAGAUUGAUGGUCUUGUAGGGGAGGCCGAUCACUUUGGUUCAGGAAGUAGGAUAAUUGUUACAACUAGGGACGUCAGAGUAUUGAAAAUCGGAGUUGAAGAAUUUUAUGAGAUGUUCGAAGUGAAGGAAAUGACUUUCAGCCAAGGUCUUCAGCUCUUUAGUCGCCAUGCUUUUAGAAGAGACUCCCCCACACAGGACUUUAUGUCUCUUUCACAACAAGUUGUUAGCUCUUGUCAAGGACUUCCAUUGUCUCUCAAAGUAUUCGGCUCAUUACUAUUGGGAAAAGACGAAAUCAUGUGGAUAGCUACAAUCAGAAAGCUGGAGAAAGUACCUGACCAAGAGGUUCUCAACAAGCUGAAGAUCAGUUACGAAGCCCUUGAGCAUGAGCAGCAGCAAAUAUUUCUCGACAUUGCCUGCUUUUUCAUCAACACUCAAAAAUCCCAUGUGUCUUACAUGUGGGACGCUUGUGGCUUUCAUCCUGCUACAGGGCUAGAUGUCCUCGUUUCUAUGUCUUUGAUUAAGGUUGAUGAAGAUGAUAAACUGCAGAUGCAUGAUCAUCUCAGAGACCUUGGAAGAAAAAUUGUCCAUGAAGAAGGACUGCAAUAUCCCAGAAAGUGCAGCAGGUUAUGGGAGCAGUGUGAGGAAACGAUGAAGAUACUGCAAAAUAAAGAGGGGAAGGAAGCUAUCGUAGGACUCCAUCUAGAGAGACUUCACCCCGAUUCAAUAGAAGAGGUGCUGGCUGGUUUACACAAUGUAAGGUACCUGUCAUUGGAAGCAGCCGAACUCAGCAACAGGUUCAAGCAUCCUCUGCCAGAGCUAAAAUGGUUGUCAUUGCCACGAUGUCCUGCAAGUUUUAAUCCUCAUCAAAUAAACAUAAGGAAGCUGGUCAUUCUCGAAUUGCCACAUAGUUCCAUCAGCGAGAAGUGGAAUGGAUGGAGAUAUAUUCAGAUGGUGCAUUUGAAAGUUCUUGAUCUCACAAACUGCAGCAAAAUGACUUGUACACCAGACUUCUCUGGGACCCCGAACUUAGAGAGAUUGACGCUUUCUCAGUGCACCAAUCUUGCUGAGCUUCAUAGCUCCAUUGUUGAGUUAAAGAACCUGAUGUACCUGGAUCUCAGUGACUGUUCUUCACUUUGUAAGUUGCCUGAAGAAUUAGGUAGUUUGGAGAAUUUGGAGCGACUGUCCUUGCAUGGUUGCACGAGGCUGGAAAAUCUCCCCAAUUCACUUGGGAAACUAACGUCAUUACAUGAACUGGAUCUAUCAGGUAAACCAAAUCCAGACGAAAAUAUCGUGAAUUUAUAUUCCUCAAUAAUGUCUGGGAGCACAAGUUCAAUGGAUCAACAUUUGGAUUGGUCCUCUCUGUCAAAUAUCUAUGAUCAACCAGUUAUGCGUCAGAUUAUAUGUGCUAAAAUCAUCAUGAUCGAAGGUAUGUGGAGAACUUUCCCAAAACUUUGUCUAGAGAAGCUUCCCGACACAUUCAGCCAUCUUAGAGCAUUGACGAAGUUGGAUAUAUCAUAUAUAUCUAUGGGUCACUUACCAGACUCAUUUGGAAAUCUGGAAAACCUAAUAGAACUAAAUGCAAGAUUUACUUCCUUGAGGGUGUUACCUAGAUCAAUAGGAAUGUUGAAAAAGCUUGAAAAGCUUAACUUGGGAGGAAGUGCGUCAUUGCUGAAAAUUCCUGAAGAAAUUGGGGGUCUCUCUAGCUUGAGAACGUUGAGCUUGUUCUAUACAGCAAUCAGACAGUUGCCGUUGACAAUUACUCAGCUUUCUCGUCUCGAAUCUCUAAAUUUAGCUUGUGGUUCACUUGGAUCUCGGGAAAACUCUCAGCGUCAUCCGUUUGAGAAUGCCAACGCUCUACCGACCAGCUUUGUUGAUUUGUCUCAGCUCGAAAUUCUUGAAGUAUGCUGUGAACACUUGAAAUGCAUCCCAAUGCUGCCAUCCAGCUUGCGGCGUCUAGUUCUUUAUGAGUUUAAUCUUGGUGUGAUACUCCCAGAUAUAUCCUACAACAAGAAUUUGGAAUAUCUGUGUCUCAUUUUUUCUGAGGAAGUGUUGAAGUAUCACAAUUUCCCUCAAUUACCAGUAAGUUUGAGGGAACUGCGCAUAUUUUGUCCUGCUACUUUGCCUGAUCUAACAAAUCUGAAGAAUCUCCGGAAGUUUGUGCUAGCGGGAGGAGCGUCGCUAAAAGAGAUUCAAGGGAUUAGGAAAUUGGAAUCACUAGAGGAGCUAGAUAUUUGCGAAUGCGAAUCCUUAGAAUCAUUGGAGAAUCUAUCAGAGUUGAGGAACCUAAAAUGUCUCAGUAUAUUAGGUUGUCCGAAACUCAGGUUCAUUGAAGGACUUGAGAGGUUGCCCCUAGUUCAGAAAGAUGUGCAUCUUGGGGACUGUAAAUGUGUGGAAUGUCUGCCAGCACAGAGUACUAGCCGGCCGGAAUGUCUGCCAGCACAGAGUACUAGCCAGCCGGAAUGUCUACCAGCAGAGAGUACUAGUAGGCCAUCAAGAAGGAGACAACUCGUAUCUUUGGUGGUUUCCAAAUUGUGGAUCCCCCAUUCGGAUCUUCCAUGGUGGAUUCAACAAUAUUUAGAGAGAGGGAACUGAUGAAGGCCACAAAUCGUUGAUUUGACAAUAUUUAGAGAGAGAAACGGGAACUGAUGAAGGUCAGAAAAGAGAAAUGUAGAUCGAGCAAGCAAUCGGUUUCUGAUCAAGCGAGUACCUUCUUUCAAGUAAUUUUAUUUUGAGCUCUACUGCCAGAUUAUUCAUUCGGCAAAACGAAAUGCUCAGCUAACGUUAUGUAUUUCUGAUCAAACUCUUAUAUUUCAGGACUUGGCCGGGAGCUUUCGAGAAGCGCCAAAUAUUUCUUCAAGUUCAGCACUCUAGUAUUGUUCCGGCAUAGGAGAUACAUUAUUAAUUAAUGUCUGUCAGCCUUUUGCUCCAUCACAUUUUAAAGAUUUCGGUCCUUCGCUGAACACUUUCUGAUUUAACUUGUUCGCUUGGUUUUCGCUGACCGUAUGAAGUAUGAAACACUGGAACUUGGGGUAACGUUUUUAGCGACCUGCCUUGAAACAGGGCCCAAUUGAGACACUGUCUCUUUACAUUUCCAUGUGACUCUUUCCAGGUACUAUAUGGGUUACCAA